AUGAGCCAUCUCCUUUGGAAGCACUAUCACAAUGAGGAUGUCGACAAGUUUCGGCACCUCCUUACGCAAGGUGGUCAAAAUACCCCAUUUUCCUCCAAGAGCUAUGGAGGGUUGGCAAAUACACAGAGCCUGGGAAGCUUGACUGGCAGUCCAGGUGGAUUUGCGACAUCUCCAAGAACCCUCACUAAAAAUCGAAAGGCCUGUGGUCAACAUGGAAACGCAAGCAGUACGAAGGGAGUGUGUGGAGGUCUUGGCAAAGUAGAGGUCAACUGCAGAGAUCAUGCAGGACUCACGAUUCUACAUCGCGCUGCAUCCUCAAGCUCCGAGAACGCGAGAAGCUUUGCCUUAGCUCUCCUGGAGCAUCCAGCCAUCGAUCUGUACGCACAAGACACGGAGAAUGGAUGGACCGCAUUGCACAGAGCUUUGUACUUCGGUAACAUCACUAUUGCCCGAGCUAUCAUUGAGAAGGAUUGCCAAGAUCUGAAAAGUCAGGUUGGAAAUGUCAUACAGAGAGGAGCCAGCUCUGUGAUCAAAGUCAAGGACUACGAGGGAAACAGCCCGUUUGACGUUUACAACGCUACAAUCGCUAGGCGGUCACUCACGUACGGAAAUGAGCAUGAUCUGUCUGACGAUGACUCCGACGACGCAGAAUCUACGCUAGCUGGAUCUACCAUGGAAGUAAGUCCACCCACACUCGACGGAGAUGAAGUGUUUGCUUGGGGAAGCAGUCGCAACCAUGGAUUGGGAUUCAAGGAUCAGGACGAUCGCCAGCACCCCGAAAAGAUUAUCCUGCAUCGUCCUGACCACCUCCUCUUCCGGUUCUAUCGGGAGUACGUGGAAUCUUGUGAGUUCAAGCAAGAAUCACUCAACAAACCGUCAUCAUUGCCAAAAUCGGUUUCGGAUCUCCCAACUCUGAUUGUCAAUCGUCCCAUAAUCAUCCAGGAUAUGGCUCUUUCGAAGCUGCACAGUGCUAUCUUGACAACUGACCCCGAAUCAAACUUGUACAUCUGUGGGUUUGGCCCCGGAGGAAGGCUCGGCACAGGCGACGAGACUACACGAUUCUCCUAUGUUCCGAUAGAAGGAGGAGCUUUGGCUGGGAAGAAGGUAUGCAAGAUUGCUCUUGGGCAGAAUCACUCGUUGGCUGUCACUUCGGACGGUAGUUUGGUUGGUUGGGGAACCAACACCCAUGGUCAGCUAGGCUAUACUUUGUCGCGACCAGCCUUGAAGGAUGAGGAGCCGGUCUGGUCUUCACCUCGCCAGAUCUUUGGGGCGUUAAAGAGAGAAGCUAUUGUAGGGAUCGCAGCUUCAGAAAAACAUUCCGUUGCUCACACCAAAACCUCUCUCUUUACGUGGGGGAGGAAUGAAGGGCAGCUAGGGCUCAUACACUCUGACUCCCGUAGUCUUGAGGUUCAACCAACCCCUAGGAAGGUUGCAGCUUCACUAUUCCAAGCUGCCAUCAACAUGGUGUCUGCGAUCAAUUCGGCAACGAUCGUGCUACUGGCUAACCAUACCGUGUGCGUCUUCACGAACUACGGAUACAACAUUGUCAAAUUCCCUUUGCACGAAGGCUUCACCAACUACCACCUGAAAACCAAUGCCAUCACUACUCGAUACGAGUCUGGGUCAAACCAUAUUUCCUAUGUGACCGCUGGUGGUGAUACUAUCGGGGCUGUUUCGAGCAGAGGAGAUCUGUUUACCGUUACGGUUCGCAGCAUUGCUACCAACUCUGCGACGAGUACCACUAAUCCGACGAAGAUCAAAGACUCAUUGUCGCAACCUGAACGAGUCUGGUCGUUGCGGAAAGGCCACUGGGAUGGUAUCAAAUCUGUCGGGAUCACUGAGAAUGACUCGGUGAUUGUUUGCACUCAAGCCGGUGCGGUGUGGCGUCGGAUCAAGCGAGCCAGUAUCAAGGAUGCAUUUACUGGGGCGGCAGGAAAAUCUCACAAGAAGGACUAUAAAUUUCAACGCAUACCAGGUCUGACUAAUGCCGUCUCUGUCCGGAGCAAUAUGUUUGGAGUCUAUGCAGUCAUACGGAAAGACAAUGACGUGACCAGGACUCAGGUUGUGGUAACCGAGCAGAGCCUAUGGCAUGAUAUUGCCCCAAUGCUGAGCGUCCGUGGUUUGAAAGCUUCUGAAGUCCCCCAGGACGAAGAAGACACAGAGACGCCUCGAUUUUGGGCACCGGCUCUUCCGAAGGACUUAUUUGAGCCUCUUAAGGGUGCAAUUCUGACAUCGCCAGACCUCGAGGCAGAUGUUGCUCGCCAUUUGGCCGACCACCGCCUGAGUGAUAGCUAUGAUAUCGGAAUUGGGACAUCGAGUUCUGAUGUCCGAGUUCCCGUUCAUGGAUUCAUGAUGUCUCGAAGUCCUGUAUUCAGGAGACUGAUGGCUGAUUUCCGUCGGACCGGUAUCGCAUCAAUCCCCGAUGUUCUUACAGUUCAGCACAGCCCCCAUUCCACUGGCUCCUUGUCCGUUGGCGCAAGCAAUUGGAAAACGGAGGUCCUUUUUCAGGGCCUUGACUUUAUUACUCUUAUCAAUCUCGCGGUGUAUCUGUACACCGAUUCCGUAGUCGAUGUCUGGCACUUCACAAGACACUCUCCAAAGAUGGCGUUCCGAUACCGACAAGUGCGAGUGGAGCUCAUGAAAGUUGCAAUCCAACUCCAAUUGACAAAGUUAGAAUCUGCAGUUCGUUUGAUGUCCGAACCCGACAGACGGAUGGACACCGACAUGAGGCUAGCUCUGCAAGAUUCCGGCUUCUUCGAUGAUGGCGACAUCAUCGUGGAGCUUGACGGUUCUGAGAGGAUUGUCCACAGCGCUUUGAUGUGCCGUCGUUGCCCUUUUUUCGAGGGCUUGUUCAACGGUCGUGCUGGGGGUCAGUGGCUUGCUGGUAGACGGCAAAACAACUCGGACCUUGUUCGGAUCGAUCUAAAGCACGUUGAAGCGGAGACAUUCGAUGUAGUCCUUCGAUACAUUUACUCUGAUGCCGGAACGGAAAUCUUUGACGAUGUCGUCUCUGACGACAUCGAUGAGUUUUCCGAGCUUGUGCUUGAUGUUCUCGCUGUCAGCGAUGAGUUGAUGCUUGACCGAUUGAGCCAGGUCUGUCAGCAAGUCCUCGGGCGUUUUGUCAAUGCGCGCAACGUUGGUAUUCUACUCAACGCUAUCGGCCCAUGUGCCGUGACAGCUUUCAAAGAUGCUGCUCUCGAAUAUAUCUGCUUACAACUAGAGUCCAUGCUCGAAAACCAUCUGCUCAAUGAGCUCGAUGAGGACCUCCUACUAGACCUGAAUGAGGUUGUCCGGGCGAAUCAAUUGAAUUGUCUCCCAUUUGCCAAAAGUGGUAGGGCUGAGCUGUUGCUACACGAACGCCAUCCCAGUCUAGCCGAGGACAUACGUGAAGAGCGACAGACAAGGCUCAAAGAUAUGAUUUUUCGGAUGAGCCACAAGGACGAAGACAGUCGAUUGUCGUCCUCGUAUCGAGCGCGAUUGGGUAGCCUUGACGAUUUUAAUUCAGGGUCGCCUAGCCAGGACAAGCAGAGGCGAAAGUCAAAGACCUCGCGCAAUGCACCUUUCAGCCCUAGUAUCCGACCCAAGGACUCGACAAUCGAUCUGAUGUUUGACAUGGAUGACGACGAAACAUUGGUAAUUGGGAGUCCUUCGCAAAAGUCGACGUUGGAGCGAACGCCGAAGGACGGAAUAGAGUCUACGAUCCGCAGAAUUUCAUGCGAUGUAGUUGAUCACAAAUCCCCAACGAAUGAUGAGCCAGGGCCACACACAUCCAGUUCGUCUUUCGUGGGUAGCCAAACACCAGAGAACAAUUCAUCUGGCAAUAAAACAUGGUCGUCUCCUGCACUGCCAUCCUCUAGACUUGACAUGCGAGAGAUCAUGGCACAAGCAUCCUCCAGUCGCACUUCUGCCCUGUCCCAAAGUAUCUCAGCACAGAAAGCCCAAGACGAUGCGAUUGGCAAGCAAACACGAGCCAGAACCUCACAAAAGGAGCGAAAGAAGCAACAACAGUCCAUGCAACAGCACAUGAGCCAAACCCAAAUGCCUCCUGAUAAGGGUGCCGGGAAACCGGCUUCUCCUUGGCAGGUCGCUGGUCUGGGACAGAAGACAUCACUGAAAGAUGUUCUAAGCGAAUCGAAACCUCCAUCUCCUGCUCCUGCUACGAGAUCUAUGGCCUCACCAGAUUCCGAGGCCUUGUCACCUAGACGGACAGCGUCACCCGAUACCCGCUUCGCCGGUCAGAGUCGAAGUAAGAGCAACAGCAGUGUCAAAAGAGGCGAAAGCACCGCCGGCAGCUCAUCACGGCCGACCUCUGUCUCGAAUCCCGCGAAAUCCACUCUGGUUGUCCCGCACUCCAGAUCUUACAUGAGCCCUCCUGGUAAAGCCGAGCCUUCGCUCCAGCUCUCUCUGUCGGACAUCAUUGGACAGCAGCGCCGAGAGCAGGAGGUUAUCAAAGAGGCGGUCGCGAAACGCAGCCUGCAGGAAAUCCAGGAGGAGCAGGCGUUUCAGGAGUGGUGGGAUCAGGAGAGUCGGAGGGCGCAGCAGGAGGAGGCAGCGAGGGCACAGAACGCGACGGCGAGGGGGGGUCCCGAUGGCGGUGGUGGCGGUGCUGGCUGGAGGGCUCAGGGCCGGGUGCGACCAGACGGCGUACAGAGUAUAUUGGAGUGGGAUGGAUGUUUGGGGGGGGUGGAAGAGAGAGCCGGAGCCGGAGCCAAUGUACGAAGUACCACCAGUCGAGUCGGGUCGAGUGCAGUCGAGUCGAGUCGAGUCGAGUCGAGUCGAGUCGAGUCGAGUCGAGUCGAGUCGAGUCGAGUCGAGCCCAGUCCAGUCGAGCCCAGUCCAGUCCAGUCCAGUCCAGUCCAGACCAGACCAGACCAGACCAGACCAGACCAAGGCAAGCAAGCCUAG